UCUUCUAUGCUCAUCUAAAGCUGCAGCAAAGAGCUAAACACAGGUGCAGCGGUGCUUCGAAUAAGGUGCUUUCCACUGUUGAUGCUGCAAUUCUAGGGCUACCACACGCCUGCGGAAAGUUCACAAUGGUAUGGGCCGUGGUUGUGCUCACGUGGAUCGGCGCUGUUCUGUUGUGGCUCGUUCUGAAGCUUUGGUUGGGAAAUCACUCACUGCCUCCUGGCGCGAAAAUCCCACCUAAGCCACCGGCAAAGUCCAUAUGGGGUCAUGUCGAGUUAAACGACGAAGACUUCCAUCGCACGAAAGCUCUUGAGUGGGCCAAAACGCACGGGCCAAUCUACAGGCUCAGACUAAAUUUUACGACCGUGAUUGUGCUCAAUGAUGUGCGAAGCAUCAGGAUGAUUUUGAACAGAACCCAGGUGCUUAACCGGGCACACGGCGUUGUGUACGGCAGUGACAACUACGUGGGAUUUGCGCAGUUAAAUGGUCAUCUUUGGAAAACAAACAAAAAGUUCGUCAUGUCUACUCUGCACGAUAUGGGAUUUGGAACCAGCUCUACAGAGGAAAAAUUCAAGGUCCCGUUGCAGUGGUUGAUAAAACAAUUAGAAGCAACCAAUGGUCAGCCAACAUCAGUUCGGCAGCACAUCAUGCCCUGUCUGGUCGCCAACGUUGCCUCCUUGUUUUUCCCGCCGACACUGUACACCGCAGGCGGCACCUUACAGCGCGGACGCGAUGGGAUCACGGAAGAACAUGACUGUCACCCGAAGGGCAAGAUUUGCGGCGGAGACCACGAAACGACAGGCAAGGAAUGCAAGAAGAAACUCCGUAACAACCCGCCCCCUACCAAGUAA